ACGCCCCCCGCCCACGUAUCUCACCAAACCUUUACAGAAGCGCCACCCAAGAGCAUGAUGGGUGUUUGAAGAGAAGCCCUUGGCAUCGCAUCAGAAAUUAGCCUGAGAAUUCGCCUGGGUUCUCCCAAUACUCUCUCCAAUUCUCCUCCCCGCCCACACAUGACAGCUGAAAAAAGGGAAAGAGAGAAAGAUAGCUUAGGUGUGUGUGUAUGUAUGAGUGCGCGCGUUGUCGAGCAGGGUGUGAGUGCGUCCAGCGUCUAUAAUACCUCCAUUGACACACUGGGAGGUGGAUAUAACAGAGGAUCAUAAUCAUAUCAUUUAAUUGCACACCCUACGCGAAGAGGCGUAGAGACGGCGGGAGAAGCUGCUUUUUGGCAAUAAGGAGAGACAGGAACAGGAGCUUUUUGAAAUCGAAGAAAAUAUGCCAGCAUUUUGACGCGAAAAGCCGCAAGCUACCUCGUAGAGAUAACAGAACAUUUUGCUUAUUGAAAUCAACGUGUUUGAAAGAUUCACAGGAGUACCGAUAUUGGCGUUUUCUGAUUGUUUUGUUUAUUUAUCUUAAGCAGAGAGGGGGGAGCCGUGUUCAACAACAAUUCUUUGUUUUAACGUUAGUACUGAAAUAAGGCAAGACAAAGCGUGAAUUGUGGGAGAAUUUGGAUAUCUCUUUGUUAAAAGAACCAUCAUCAUCAACAACAAAACGAGUCUAAGAUUGAGAAUUAAUGUGCGUGUUUUUGGACACGCACACUCUAUCCGAACCCAGACCCAAAGCAAACUCCUCCUCCCUUCUCCCCCCUCCGUUUUUUCUCCUCCUCUCCCUCCCCCCGUUCCUCUAUGCUCAGUUCGGUGUGUGUCUCCUCUUUCAAAGGGCGCAAGGGUGGGAACAAGUCGGCCAACAAAGCAUGUUACAGCGCAGACAUGCCUUGUCCGUCGGAAAGCGAGAAAAUUGUGAUAAACUGCGGGGGGGUUCGACACGAGACUUACCGCAGCACCUUGAAAACGCUGCCCGGCACCCGCCUGUCAUGGUUGACGGAACCAGACGCAUUUAGCAACUUUGAUUACGACCCCAAAUCCGACGAGUUCUUCUUCGAUCGCCAUCCGUCCGUCUUCUCUUUCAUCCUUAACUAUUACCGGACGGGAAAGUUGCACUGUCCCAACGAUGUGUGCGGUCCGCUGUUCGAGGAGGAGCUCGCCUUCUGGGGCAUCGACGAGACGGAUGUGGAGGCUUGCUGCUGGAUGAACUACCGACAGCAUCGGGACGCGGAGGAGGCGUUGGACAGCUUCGAGAACCCCGAGCCGGACGCACAGGAAGAUGACCCAGCGCUCACGGGAGGCGCGGACGGAGACCUGAAGAGACUUUGUCUGCAAGAGGAUGGGAGGAAGGUGGGCUGGUGGCGCGUAUGGCAGCCUAGAAUCUGGAACCUGUUUGAGGACCCCUAUUCGUCCAAAUAUGCGCGGUAUGUGGCGUUCCUCUCUCUCUUCUUCAUCCUCGUCUCCAUCUCCACCUUCUGCAUGGAGACCCACGAGGCCUUCAACACCAUCUACAACCGCACAGAGAACGUGACUGUGGGCAACACCACCCAGGAGGAGGUGGUGUACGAGGUGGUGACCGACAGCUGGCUGACCUACGUUGAGGGCGUGUGCGUCAUCUGGUUCACCAUCGAGGUGAUCACGCGUGUGUUCUUCUGCCCGGACAAGGCAGAGUUUUUCAAGAGCUCGCUGAACAUCAUUGACUUUGUGGCCAUCCUGCCCUUCUACCUGGAGGUGGGCCUGAGUGGCCUCUCCUCCAAGGCCGCCAAGGACGUGCUGGGCUUCCUGCGUGUGGUGCGUUUCGUGCGAAUCCUGCGUAUCUUUAAGCUGACGCGCCACUUCGUGGGGCUGCGCGUGCUGGGCCACACGCUCCGCGCCAGCACCAACGAGUUUCUCCUGCUCAUCAUCUUCCUCGCGCUGGGCGUGCUCAUCUUCGCCACCAUGAUCUACUACGCCGAGCGCAUCGGCGCCGACCCUGCCGACCCCACCGCCAGCGCCCACACCAACUUCAAGAACAUCCCCAUCGGCUUCUGGUGGGCCGUGGUCACCAUGACCACGCUGGGCUACGGGGACAUGUACCCAGAGACGUGGUCGGGGAUGCUGGUGGGCGCUCUCUGCGCCCUGGCAGGCGUGUUGACCAUCGCCAUGCCUGUGCCCGUCAUCGUCAACAACUUCGGCAUGUACUACUCGUUGGCCAUGGCCAAGCAGAAGCUGCCCAAGAAGAAGAACAAACACAUUCCACGGGCACCCCAGCCAGGCUCGCCCAACUACUGUAAGCCGGACGCGCUCGCCAUGGCUACCGCCUCGCCCCAGAGAAUCUUGGGUAACGUGCUGGGCGGCGUGAUGGGCUCAGGGGGCUCACUGGGGCUCACUGGGGACUGUCCACUCGCACAGGAGGAGAUCAUCGAGAUAAACCGAGACUCCAAGCAGAACGGCGACGCGGCGAACGCGGCCCUGGCCAACGAGGACUGCCCCACCAUUGACCAGGUGCUGAGCCCCGAGGAGCGCAGCCCGGCUGGCCGCACCCGCGAUGUCUACCCGCAGGACCGCGCCUGCUUCCUGCUGAACACGCGCGAGUUCCGCACCACUGACACAAACGUGAGGAAAGGUUGUGUCAUAUCACGCGUUUGUAUGUGGGCUUCUUCAUUCCUACCUAUUACACUGUGUCUGUCUCUGUCCUCUCUGAAGCUGUGUGCGAGUGUCGUGUUUGUGGUGUUCGUGACGUUGCUUACUGUGUUCCCUACUCGUGUGGCUAUCUCUCAAUCUCCCACUAUCUCACUCGCUAUCUCUAUCGCUCUCUCCCUUUCUCUCUCUCUCUCUCUCUCUCUCUCUCUCUCUUUCUUUCUGCCCUGGUGACAUUUGACCCUUAAGGACUGUUGAGCGCACACACACGUCGCACUCUGUUGUACACCCGCACGUUAGCGAAAACCCUUAGCCAAAAACUGCUGUUGUGGUUUUACACACACAGAAAUGCAGUAAUAAUAUACGUGCACCAGUGCUGUGCACCAUAGAGAGUGUGCAGUGGAGUGGGUGCGACGUUGUGCUUUCGACUGUCGCUCCCGGGGUCAAAGUUCAGUAGGGGUCAGCGAAGCCCUUGAGGACGCGCGAAUAGUACUCCCUGAUCUGUGCCAAAUCCGCCGACAGCAGCGGCGGGCGAUUCACGUCGUCCGCGUUAUGUUUCUGUCCUGCCAGUAGCCUCGCAGAGCGAGGGGGCACAACUCCCUCUCCAGCACGCUCAGCGACGCUCCACACUCCUUGCUCCAUUAGGCAGUGACCCACGGGGCGAGAGAGAGAGAGAGCGAGAGUGAGAAAGAGAGUCUGCAUCGCAAAACACAUGAAUUAUUCUCCUGUGCACAACUGCUUACAUGAAAAUUGCUUUGUGUGUGUGUCUUUGUGUGGCAUAAUUACGGAGUACUAUUCGCCCGACCUCCGAACAAUGUGCUUUCUGUGCUUAUUAUAGCCCAAAGAUUAUGGGUCUCCUGUAUUUGUUUUUGUGUAUGUGUGUAUCUAUAUCUAUAUAUUUCUGUAUGUGAGCAAAACUCUGACACACUGACCGACACGUUGACAGACCUUUGGACGUACUCAUUGACUGAUUGACAGACAACCUCUGGCUGGGGGAAGGUAAGCCAGCCUUGCGCAGAAGUAUCCCUCCCCAAGGAUGCCUGGAACGGCUUCGGUUUGCCCUUACCAAGGUCUUUUGGAACAAAAUUACUCUCCCUGUCUUGCUUCAAAACAAAAACGAGGGGCUUGAGUUGAGGCAGGGGAAAAAAGUAUCCCUAAAAAAGCUCCUUCUCCAAUCUGAUCGUGCCUUGUUGUGAGCCACUUGAGGGUAUUUCCUGUCAGAGAAUUGGGCCCUUGCCCGCCCAGUGACCCAGCUCUGCCCUGCCUCUAACCUCAGUUUGGCAGACGCCCACUCUGCCUGGCACACUAGGCCUACUGAUAGUGAUACCAUCCGUCUGAGGCCCUGGGCCUACCAAAAGGAAAUUAUGGGAGUCAGGUGGGUUAUGGGGGCAUCACUCACUUUUAGCUUCUUCUAACCCUCCAUGCUUCCUAACCCACCCACCCCAUCAUCACCACCACCACCCUUGGGGCAUUGCACCACCACUAUCCCAGUCAGCCAGCUGCCCCAGUGGUGGUGUGCUGAACUCACCACCUCUGGGUGGAGGGGAGGCUGACUGGUGUGACUGCAUGGGCAGAGUUGAAGGGCACGGCCUCCCUCGCCCCCCUCGUGAGUUUUAAAGUGGGACCUGACCGGACCUGGCGCCAUGUGGCUCUGAGCUGAGCUCUCUCGCUGUCUGUUUGUGUUCUGGCUGAAGUUUCUGGUUCUGGUGCUUGGUUCCUUUGGCCACCGCUCUCCCUCUCACCUUACAGGCACUUCUCUGUGUGGCCCUACUGUCCUGCUGCAGUGUGUGCAUGGUUUAGGAAGAGUCAAGGGUCAAAAUGGUCUUAGUUAUUCACCCAUAUACUCCUUUAUGAUUUCCUUUUAUCUCUCUCUCUCUAUUUUCUUUAAUCUGUUUCUAUCACUUACUUUUGUUUCUUCUCUUCUUUCUUUUCAAACACUUUCUUUGCCCUGCAUUUUUGUUUCUGUCUUUCAGUCAAACUUUAUGUCAAUUUCUUUUUAUCUGUACAUCGUCAGAUCUUCUGUUUUCUUUGUGCUUAGUUUGUACUCUGUUUGUGUGUGUGUGUGUGUGUGUUUGUUCAUUUGUCAGUAUGUACAGUUUGUAUCGUAUGGCCAGAUUACUGGUACCAUAUUUCUUCUUCUUCUUGUCUGUGUAUUAAUAUAUAAUAUAUUCCGGCCCCCUCUGUUCAACUCAAGACCAUAAGACUCAACAUGAGAGCGUGCUGUUCCCUGGCAAACCCUGUGAAGAUAUGCAGUAAAGAGCAUAUCAGUCUGAAGCUAAUGUGGCUUGAAUGGCUAAUAGCUUGUAGCUAAAGUAGUUCCUGUACUUGAUUUUUCCCCUUUAAUUUAUGGCACUUAAGCUAUCUGUGUAUCUAAUGUGCGCUGUAGCAUCAUGUCCUCUCAGUGCAGUCAGUAAUGCGCUAAAUGUAGUUAAUGUACCUUUGUGGCUUAUAGAGUUCCCUUAGCCGGCGCCACGAAUGUAGCUAGCUUGUAAAGUCAGUUUAAGAGUGCUGAUUCUCUUUCCCCUCCCCUCACCCGGGUCUGUUGUAACAGUAAGAAGAACAAAUCAUUAAGUACAGUUGAGAAUUCAUAAUCACUCACAUCCAGUUUGUUUCUCUCACAUUAUGUCCCUUCUGACCAUCAUCUGAGGUUGCCAUCAGACACAAAUCAUGAACAACAAACUUCAUUGACACACAUAUUAUGUGAAUGCAUUAUGCAUUUAAAAUGCUGUGUCAUGGUUUGUGAACAUGUGCUCCAGCAUCAGGCUUCAGUGCACUCUGAUGGGUAACCUCUGCAGUCGGAGUGUCUCUGUUUUCCUCCAUGUUCUUGUGUUCGUGCUGCGCUGUCUUCUCCUGUUCUGUCCUGUUCUGUCCUCCAAGAUGACCUUGCCCAUUUUCUUUUUUCUUGCCAUUUGUCUUGCUGGCAUGACCUUUUAACCUCACAGUUUGUGAAUAUAUGUUUGUGUGUAUGUGUGUGUGUGUGUGUGUGUGUGUGUGUGUGUGUGUGUGUGUGUGUGUAUGUAUAUGUAUGCGUCUCCUUAACCAUUCAGUGAUCUAUGUGCAUUUCCAUGGCAACCAGCACUGCAAAUAUUUGCACCAGGGAUUUAUGCAUUUUACGAGUGGUGCAGGAGACAUUUGUCCUCAGGCUAAAUUUGGGCUAGCAGGCCACCAUAUGGGUCUCAAAGCUCAUGUAUCUGUCACCAAAGAGGCCCUAUUGAACUGCUGAGCAGAGGCUUUGUGUUAUGGUCAACACCAAAUCAAUAGACUUAAUUGUGGGUAAUACAAGCUGGGUCUGACUUUAACAGCCAAUUGAUCCCAUGCAGCCAUAUGCAACAGUAUGAGGCUUUAGUCAAGAGUUGAAAAUAGAGGCAAUGUCUAGCGGAUGUACUCAUGUAUCUUCCAUAGUGUUGACAGAAGUAGGACACAACUUCCGACAAACAUUCUGCAGUGCACUCGUAAACAGUUUGUCUUCUACACAGUAGUGGCUAACAUGUUAACAUCAGGCCUUUUCAUAGGACAGAGUGAUUGUACACAUCACCUCAGCUCAUAGAAGUGUAGUUCAAUGCUCAUCUAUGUGAAGUUCUGAGGCAAUGUCCCUCCUAAUAAAACCUGGUUGGAAUAUUUGCAUUCUAUCUCUCCCUCUCUCUCUCUCUCUCUCUCUCUCUCUCUCUGUACUUUUCUCUCUCUUUUUGUCUGUCUCUGCUGUGCUGUCCAUAUUCAUGUGUUGUCACCCUCACCACUGUGUGUUAACUAACACUCAUUCUUCAUCCCAUCCCUAGGCCGCCACUGCAGUGCAAACGUUUCUAAUGUGUGACUGUAGGUAGGUAUUAAUCUCAUAGCGUCUGCAAUGUCUGACUGUAGGUAGGUAAUUGUUCUCAAAGUGUAUAUUAUGUGCUGUUUUUGUGGAGGUCCUUGUUAUUAUUUCCUAGUUUGGAUUGUCAUGUGUUCUUCCUGCAGUGUUGUUCUUGUGGUGUGUCGGUAUCAGUAUUGUAUCAGUAGUGUGCAAUCUGACUGUGGGUUGAUAUUUUUGAUUCCAAACCCUCCUUGCAUAAGAUAGAAGUUAUCAGAGGAGACAGGAAGCGAGUGGGAGGGAGAGAUGGGGUGGGAUCGGGAAAUUACCACCAGUGGUCGGAAUGGAACCUGGAUCCCCAUGGGCACUGAGACCCACCCAGAUGUUGUGCUUGUGCCACGGCUCCCCCCACAAUCCAACUAUUUAAUUUGAUUGAUGUUAUUUUAAUCCCAAAUUAUGAAGGAAAUACAGUUGAGUGACAAGUGAACACGUAAAAUCUAUUGGUACUGUAGGUCAUCAUCAGUAAUUAGCAGUCAGAGAUUUUCUGAAUACUGCUGUGCUUUUAAAACAUUCAAGCAAUUAAUUGCAUUGCAGGUAAUUCCGUGUUAAAAUGUAACAGAUGCCAUUCCAGAAAGUACCAAGCUGUUUUUCUGCCACAGACCUAUUUAACUCUCACACUUCUGGAUAUGGAACUUGUUAUCAUAACAUGGAUUAACUCAGUAGAGGAAGCAGUUUUGGUUUGGACUUGUCAUUUCACACAUUUUACUGGCCAUACGGACAGCUUUUUUGUACAUAGUUACACACAAGGCAGGUAGCAGGUUCCAACUCUGUGACUCCCUCUCUCUCUAUCUCUCACUCUCUUGUUUCAACCUCUCUCUCUCUCUCUCUCUUUCCAGCACAUAUCAGUCCGGGGCCUGUCAUUGUGCUGUGAUGAAUAGCUUUUAGUAAGACCUGUAUUGUAAGACCCUCAUAAAGCGCUGUGGCCCUUACACAUCAGUCACUUUAAUAGUGUGAGAAGAACAUCUGUAGACACAAGCACCGACUCGUCAGUAUGGAUAUUUAUGCUGAUUUUUACUGUUUGCAUCUAAGCAACAAGCAGCAAUCUGCUUAAAACCCAAAGACGGUGCAGCAAGACUUGGCAGAAAGUAAGUGUUGUGAUUAAUUCAGUUCUAAAGCGCAUAGGGGCUAUUGAUUCAAACUAAUCAUCUCGAAACGGCCCAGUAUGACCUCAUCGGCACGAGCCAGGCGAAACCUUCGCGGGCCAACUUUGCUCUUGGAGGCCGCACUGAAUUAUUGAGCACUUAAUCCAACAAAUGUUCAUUGUAAUGGUGAGGGAGACCAAACACAAGACUUAUUUCAAAUGCACCUGGGCAGAGUGCUAAGCCUAAUGGCAUGAUUUAAUAGCGGAGUCCAGACGCGACACGUGAGUGGCUCCAAGGGGAAGGUCACAUUGAGCGCAGGACAGACGCAGUAACACAAGUGUAGAAUUUCUUUCAUGCGUACACACUAAGAAUAAGUGAUUUGCCCCUUUGCACUUGAAUCUUUUGUAUAGAACUGUCUUGUUUGUAUGUUAUAUUUCAUAUUUGUUCAUCUUUUUUCCAAAACACUAACAAUUAUGAUAGUUGUAAAACUACUAGCUACACAAGAGUAGUAUCUUAGUUAGAUGCGUUAGAUGCAUUUUACGAUUGCUCAUUUAUCUUUUUUUUUAUUGUGUGUGUGUGUGUGUGUCUGUGUGUGUGUGUGUGUGUGUGGCUCUUGACUUUGCACUCUACAUAUAAUUUCCCUCAGUAAAUCUUUGUAAAUGUACUCAUUUGCUUCUCUUCACUUACGUGAUACAAGAUGUAAAAAGAGAGUAGAGUAAGAAUAAUGGACUAAAAUCUAGCCUACUGUAGAGGGUAGGAUGUAAAAAAAACAACUGAAAGUGUUGCCUUACCUUUGGUAUUGGCACUAGAUUUAUGUUUUUGACUGACAGGUCCCAUAUCAGUGUAUGAGAGUAUCCAUUUACUUUGUUUAAGCUUUUGUAGGUUUUGUCUUUGCGGUGGGCACAAACACACAUGUGCACACACAUGUCCACAUAAACACACCCACAAACACACAUCCACACACAGUCACACACAUACACUCACAAAGAGUGUCACACACACAUCCACACACAUAGACACACACACACACACACACACACACACACACACACACAAACACAGACACACUGGCCAGGCUGAGUGGCCGCACGGAAAUGCUUCAUUAAUAUUGCAGACUACUGGCUUGUAGAUAGUGCAGCGCUGCAAGAGGAGAUGGGAGUGGGGAACAGGCAGGCACUUUUAUUUAUGGCCUGAGUGAGUGAGUGAGUGAGUGAGUGCUGUCCAAUGCACUAGAGUCGGGAAGGGACAGCCAUGGCACUCCUCACUCUGCUCCGAGGCUACGGAAGAAGAGGGGCCAUGGAACAGUGUGAGUGGGAG